UUUUCCAGUAGGGGAGCGAAUAGGAGCACACCCAUAUCAGCAAUUAUCAGCGACAGCAACUAUCUCCAGAUACACGGAGUGAGAGAGAAAUACUGCAGUCGUCCUGGACCAAAAACACUUUACUUUCAUUUACCUCCGAUCGAUGCGCGCAACUUUUACGCAUUAAAAAGGGAAAUACUUGGAGACGCUCCCGGCGCUGCUCCCUCGUCCUCCUGUAUCUGUGUGGACUGACAAAGUUUGUCCAUUGCGUUCCACUUUUGAGAUCUGGACGGCUGAAAGGACCCGGACUGCUUUAUCACCCGAGCCUCCUUAUCUGGUCAUUAUUUACAGAGAAGUUCUUGUGCAGCUGGUGGAGGAGCCUUCACGCUUGAACAGUUUCACCUCCACGGGACUGAGAGUAGUAAAUCAUCCAUACUCCAAACAGGACGUAAAAAGUUGUGAGAAUGUAUCAAAGCCUGGGGCUGUCGUCCAACCAGUCUCCUUACUCACAUGACACCGGGAAUUAUAUCCACCCGUCGGCCAGCUCUCCAGUCUACGUCCCUACCACCAGAGUCCCUGCCAUGCUGCCCACCCUGCCCUACCUGCAGACCUGCGACUCGCCCCAUCAGUCUCACGGCCUCGGUGGGCACCAUGGCUGGCCCCAGACAGGCACGGACGGCUCUUCAUUCACGCCCAGCAGCCCUCACCCUCCACAUGGCUUUUCCUACUCGCACAGUCCGCCUGUCAGCAGCAACACCGGCCGGGACGCGGCAUAUCAGAGCCCGCUGGUUCUUGGGAAUGGCGCUCGGGUGGAUCAGUACGGAGGCGCGCUGGUGCGCUCGGUCGGAGGCUCCUACUCCAGCCCGUACGCGUACAUGAGCCCGGAGAUGGCGACGUCCUCCUGGACGCCAGGCCCCUUCGAGAGCGGAGUGAUCAGCCUGCAGGGACGGCAUGGAGGUCUGUCCGGGAGAAGGUCCAGUCUGGACCUGGUGGACGAAAUGUCCACGGAGGGCAGAGAGUGCGUCAACUGCGGCUCCGUGUCCACGCCGCUGUGGCGCAGGGACGGCACCGGACACUACCUGUGCAACGCGUGCGGCCUCUACCACAAGAUGAACGGCAUCAACAGGCCGCUCAUCAAGCCACAGAAACGGCUGCAGACCACAUCUCGCCGGGCCGGCCUUUGCUGCACUAACUGCCACACCAGCACCACCACUCUGUGGAGACGCAACGCCGAGGGAGAGCCUGUGUGUAACGCCUGUGGCCUUUACAUGAAGCUGCACGGGGUGCCCAGACCUCUGGCCAUGAAGAAAGAGAGCAUUCAGACGAGGAAGCGCAAACCUAAGAUGCCCAAGAAUAAAACAUCCACAGGGUCCACCACCUCUGACACCAGCUCCCCAACCUCCCUCUCAGUCUCAGAGCACGCCUCCACCAUUAAGAGUGAACCCAACAUGGCACCUUCACCCUAUGCUGGACAGACCGUCACAUCUGCCACUCAGACAGCGUCUCAGUUAGACAGCAUAGCAUCAGGACAUGUGGACAUUAAAUAUGAGGAUUAUCCCUUUACUCCAACCUCCAUGCCCUCACAGAACUCGUGGUGUGCUCUUUCUCAAGCAUGAGCAGCCUCGACCAGCGUGAACUGCCACACUGACACCACACAGUUUCGCUUUGGCGUCAUCAUGGAGGCCAUCUAUCCUCCCUACCUUUCUGGAUCUGUGGAGUAACACUGCACAAGCACUGAACUGGGGCUUUUGCAGAAAUCUGUAACUGACUCAAAUAAGCUCGCCGGACCAUACUUUAUCUUAACAAGGACACAAGGUACCCGGACUGCAGUUUUACAAAAGGAUGGCUAUAAUCCGCAGAACAUCGAUAGCCAGAGCAAAGAACACACCUGAACCAGCUCAACACACUGACGCUGGCUCUCCUGAACUCACAUCCAACAAACCACAGUGGAACAAACAAGAGCUACCUAAAUACAACAAUGCAAAGACAAUCAAAGUGGGAUGUAUAAAGAUAUGGAUAUAAUAACCCUCUUUUAUAGCUGAUUAGUUUCAUUAUCAUUUUGUUUCUGUCACUGGUGUGUGUGUCGAUAUCAUCCUCACUGCCUUCUGUGGUGUUUUCAAGAACACACUUUCGACGUAUUGUUGUCAUCUCAGAGAAAAAAGAAAAAAAAACUUUUUUUUUUUAUGGCUGUUGAACAUGUCUCAUUACCAACGCGUAGAUGAUUAACUUUUAUAGGCACAUUAUUUAUGUUGAGAUAAGGACAGUUAAAAGUCAUGGUGGACACUAAAAGCAGUUACAGCUCACUGCUGUGCUGUGGUGUGUCUAAGCGACAACGUUUGGAUGAUAGAAAUGAUUUGUUUUAACAAGAUACAGCAGAUAUAAACUGUGUGCUGUACAGUUCAUUUGAAAAAUCAGGACCAGUUGUUUUAAUUCUGACGUCAUGACUACAUAUCAGAAGUUUAUCAUUUUCAAUAUUUGACCUUAAUGAAAGUGCAAUGACUCAAUUUCCAUUUCCAAAAACAAAAAGAGUGUGAAAUUAUUCUAAACAUAAUAAUCUAAAUUUAUUUGUGUCUGUAAUUUGUCAAUAUGUAAGGGACUCUAUUGUUCUGAUGUUGAAGGAACUCGCUCUCUGUUUCCUCUCUUUUUCGAUGCUCUUUGGAAUCUGUCAAGGUUAAUAAACUGAUUCACGUUU